AUGACGGUCUCAUCUUCAUCCCUCGCGUACCGCUUCAAAGCCGGCUCGUCAAGUAUGGCCUCUGAGCCAUUUCACCACAGACGCUCUUCUCAAAAUACCCACAAACCAUUCAAGUCCCGCUAUGCAACGAAAUCUUUGAUCAAAGAAAUUGCCAAAGGGAAGAUAGACGGAACGAAGGUAAAGGGAGCGCGGAAGACGCCACAUCAACAGGCCAUGUCCAAAUUAGACCGAAGAAACCAUGCGAAACAAAUCCGUCAUGUUAAGCAGCAGCAGAAGGAUAAAUCUAUUUCUGUUUUUGCUGGACCUCACUUCGCACCGCGGAUCGUGGCAGUGGUACCACUUGACUCCCAGGUGGACACGACGGAAGCAAUUGCGCGAUUGAGUGAAAGCGCAGAUGCAACGGCGCAGUGGCCUAUCAGUGAAGGACAGAUUCGAGUCAGGGUGGAAAGAUUUAAGCAGAACCUGUUGUUUAUACCUGUGAAGAAGCAUUUGCUGGAAUCAAUGGAUGUGUGCAGAGCGGCUGACUUUGUAGUCUUGCUCUUGUCAGCAGAACAAGAGCCCAAUGAGGAGUCCGAGAUGAUUCUAAAGGUAAUUGAGGGACAGGGCAUAAGUAACUCAAUGAGCAUGAUCCAAGGCCUUGAACAUAUCGAACAACCAAAGAGAAAAGCGCAAAUACAAAAAGGCGUGACGAGCUGGAUCUCGAUGUAUUUCCCGGAGCAGGAAAAGGUACUCAGUUUAGAUUCUGAUAGCGAGUGUUCGAACGCAAUCAGAUCUUUAUGCACGACUACGCCAAAGGGUAUUAGGUGGAGGGAGGAUAGGAGUUGGAUGCUCGCCGAGAGUGUGCGAUGGUUGGAUGCCCAAGCCAAUCAAUCGCCAGAUUUUGCUGAAUUGGUGGUGACCGGUGUGGUAAGAGGGAAAGGCCUGAAAGCGGACAGACUGGUCCAGGUGGGCGAUCUUGGUCAUUUUCAGAUAGAAAAGAUCGUGGAUGCGACUUUGCCUGUUGCGAAGAAGCGGAAAGCUGAGCAGAUGGCUGUGGACGAAACCCAAAGCCCUCAAGAGAUUUUGCAAGUACCGGGGCCUGAGCAAGAUGAUACCAACGAGCUUGCGCCUUAUGAAGCGCCAAUGGACGAUGCUGAUGCUCUCUCUGUGUCUGAAGUGACCUCCACAAGAAGAGGUGUGCUACUCGAUGAUCACCACUACUUCUCAGAAGACGAGGAUCAACAUACUGCGCCGCCUAAGAGAUUACCCAAAGGAACGUCCAACUAUCAGUCUGCAUGGUUUCUAGGCGAUAUAUCAGACUCUGGCUCCGAUUUUGAGUCCGUGGACGGGGGAAGUGAAAUAGACAUUGCUUCGUCGGGUCAAGCACUACCAGAAGACGGCACCGAAGGUCUCGAUCAAGCUCCCCAGCUUGAGCAUACGGAGAUCACAUCCGAGUAUCCACAAUCAGAGAUGUUUAUCGAUCCUUCUCCUGAGCAAGAAGCCACACAAAUUGAGGAGUAUCGACGGUCGCGUAAAGACGAGGCAGAGGAGGAUCGGGAAUUUCCUGACGAGAUCGAACUUCAUCCAAACGUUGCUGCUCGUGAACGAUUGUCCAAAUAUCGGGGCCUAAAAUCUUUGAAGACGAGUCCUUGGGACAACAGUGAAGACAGAGCUUACGAGCCGAAUGAUUGGAAUCGUCUCCUGCCUGUCUCAGACUUCAAGCGAGCAAGAAAGCAAGCAGUCAAUGACGCUUUGAUUGGUGGUGUUCAACCAGGCAAAAGAGUCCACGUUCAUCUAUCCUCUAUACCUCUGUCUCUUCGUGGGUCACUCGAUCCUUCAAAACCCCUCUCUCUCUACUCAUUCCUUCGCCAUGAACACAAACGUAGCGUUGUGAACGUCAGCAUCUCUCUCCCAUCAACCCAUCCGGCUCCUCUGAAAUCCAAAGACGAGCUAGUCGUUCAAAUUGGUCCUCGUCGCUUCAUCAUCAACCCUCUCUUCUCGCAACUCGGCAACACCCCCAAUGACGUACAUAAAUUCAUCCGCUACCAUCAUCCAGGCCAGACCGCCGUGGCUACAUUUUUGGCACCUGUAAGCUGGGGUGCCGUUCCUGCUCUCUUCUUCCAAACUACCAAUUCCGCCGCUUCUUCCACCCCUGACACAAGUAAUGGACUCACCCUCAUCGCCAAAGGCACAGUCCUCCCACCAUCCACAACACGUGUCAUAGCCAAACGCGUCAUCCUAACCGGUCACCCCUAUAAAAUUCACAAGAAGCUCGUCACGAUCCGAUACAUGUUCUUUAACAAAGAAGACGUGAGCUGGUUUAAGGCGUUGCAAUUGUGGACGAAACGAGGGAGGAGCGGGUUCAUCAAGGAGAGUCUGGGCACACAUGGAUAUUUCAAGGCGACGUUUGAUGGGAAAAUCAAUCCGAUGGAUGCGGUGGGGGUGAGUCUUUAUAAAAGGGUUUGGCCGAGGUUGGCGAGGCCAUGGAGGGAAGAGAGCUCAGACAAUGGAGAGGGCAAGGUUGGAGAGGAGCGGGAGGAGAAGAUGAUAGAGGGCUAA